AUGAAGUCCUGUUUAUUUUUGCCCUUCCUUUUUAUCCUAUGUCAGGGCUAUAUCAACGAUUUUUAUAUUAAUGUAACGUUCCCCGGCUACAACGCAACCCGUUCGUUUAUUAUCGAUACAAUCGGAGAUGAUGACUUUAUCUGGCAGACCAAGGCGUACGGCGGAAUAAUCGGGGAGGAGAACACUUUUGAUGAGAAGAAAUCGAAGACUUACCAUGGAGGCGGAUACUACUUUAGGACUGAUUUCGUGGGUAAGUUUGAUUGCUGAGGGUUGACGGAAUCUCUAUUUUUUGGUCGAAGAAAAAUGGCUCUCUCCAAAAUUCGAUAUUUCCUUGACAAGAGACUCAAGAUUUAUUGCAAAGGUGUCCCCAGAAAGAUGUCUGUAGAAGUCAUGUUUCUUGAAAGACCCUGUAAAUAUCCCCCGUUUCAGAUGGCGGCAAAAACUGCCGGAUCGGUGGAAUGAUGUCCAUAGACGACGUCUCCUUACUGCCUUACAAAAACUAUAACGCCUACUUUGGGUUGGCUUAUAAUUCGACUUGUGGAGAGAAUGCUCUGCAUCGAACAACGGCCUUCAAUGGGAAGGUUCGGGCUGGACGACUGAGUUUUAGGAAAUUCGAAAACCCCAAUCAACGCAAAGUUGGGCUUGCCUUGGUCGACACGUUCCCCCAUAAUUAUCUUUGUCUGCAUCAGAGUGUCACGGAUGAUUUGAAGUGAGUUAUUAGGGCCGAUUCAGAGACCUGGCUCGCAGCUGGUAAUGCUCACAGAGAAAGUACUCAAAUUGCAACGCUCAGACCUUGAUGAAACUUGGCACAAAUUUAGAGUAAUUUUUCUAGCAAUCAGGCAUAUGCGACACCCUUCGCACUUUGCAGAAAUCACCGAGAUUUUUAGUCAAAAAGUUUGAAAAAAUAUGAUGCCUUUCUGUUAAUUUUUACAUCAAAAGUUUCAUAGCUAUUUCUACCGUAGAGGGUAAUAUCCACAAAAAAGAUAUGGCCGAAAAAUGUUUCUUGCUCGGACCGCUCUCCGCAUUUUACGCACUCUCUCGGCCGCAAAGAUCAUUGAAUAUCUCAGCUGCGCCUGUAAAGCGAGAGCUAAAACUUUCAAGACUUGAUGUGUCGCCUAUGCCCGGCUUAUACGCAGAAUUGAGAAAAAAUCUGAGCGUCGCACUUAGAGUACUUCAGUUGUCAACAUGAGCCGCUUUUAUUUUGAUGAAAAUUUCCGCAGUCUCAAGGAAUCCUAAGGGCGUAUUGCAAAAAAACUUGCGUAAAACAUUCAGAGAAUCCUUGAAGGUCACAUAAAUUCAAGUCCUAUGAAGUUCUUUCCAUCAUUUCCCAUGCUAUAUUAGGCUUAGAGGUACAACCCUGCCGUUUUUUUGUUGUGUAUUUCUCUUAGCUUACUUUGAUCUGCUUUCAGAAUCAGGCAAACUGCAGUGGCAGUUGGAGCAAAGGUUGCCAAUAAUCGCGUUAUUGGGGAGAUUCGUUACUACAAAGAUUCGUACUGGCGAGUUCCGGCGACAACUUUGAAGAUCGGCAAAACUGAAUAUGACGUGCAACCUUGGUCGAAUCUUGCGACUUUCGACACCACCUCCGACAAGAUCACCCUGCCCAUAAAAUAUUUCGAGCUGGUGGCCAAUGCAACGAACGCGGUCUACAUCAACGAAACCAAGAAGUACAUGGUGGAUUGCGGUCAAGAAGUCGCUUUGGAGAUUGGUCUCGACAAAUUGCGGUUCAAAAUCCAGCCCACGGCGCUUUUGCGGAGAGAAAAGGCGGAUUACACGAAAUGCGAGCUCCUCCUGAAGCCUGGGACCAGCCGGACCAGCAGCUACUUUACGCUUGGAGUGCCGUUCUUCGUCAACAACGGAGUGUGCUUUGGCCGAUUGAGGAUGAUUUUUUAUAACGCGAAAUACGAUCAAAACAAGCCUGUCUUCCCCGACACAUGGGGAGCAUAUUUGUCGAUUAGAAAUGAAUAA